ACGUCUCCGCGACAGGCCGCCCCCCGCUCGGAGGCACCGUACACACGCCGUUUUCAGUAUUGCCGCGUAAUACAUUGCACCAGGUCGCUUUCCGCCCGCCGACGCCGCUCCACCAGGCGCACGUGUGUAGUUCACAACAACGACAAUAACAAUAAUAAAUACCAUUGGCUAUUAUACCGUCCGUCGGCGUUGUCUCAACGGCGUUGUUGUUCGAUAUUACCGUCAAUAGUACAAUAUCAUUGUUAUCGUAUACACGCCAACAACAACUCGAGCGGUACGUACUAUCCGUCUUGGAAAAUGGAAAAUGUCCUCGUCGGCCGAGACGAUUUGUCGGUAUAAAACAUUGCGUAGUGUCUCACCAGCUGCUCUAUGAUAUAGGUACACUAAUUUUCGGCACAUAAUAAUAUCAUAGUGUGCGUGAUUGCGAUCGUCCGCUGAAAAGAAAAAUUCAAAAUUUAAAAGGGACGGAAGUUGUUGGGUCGUCGUCGCCCCGCGCACAGACGGUUUGUGCGUUCCCUCUUCGCGUGCCCCCUCCCCCCCGCCCUGCCCCGAUCGCGACGUUUUUUCAAAAGCUCCACUUUUUUUUUUUUUUUUUUGUUCGUUCCUAGUUUUCGUUUUUUAUUCGCGCUUAAACGUUUUCCGUUUGAUGUCCACACCGCGUACGGCCCGCGGCUGCCUACCAUAGAAACAUUGCCGCGAAGUACUCGUAAACACCGCGCGCGAGUGUGUAUGUCACCGCUACACUUCCUUAACGCCAACACUCCCAUAUUCACCACAUAAUAUUACACUUGUGCGAAACUCGAACACGAAGAAAACACGUCAUACGAUUCGGUACACUGAUUUAUAUGUAUGGUAAAGCAUUACCGCAAGCCACCGUCGAAAAAGUCUAGAACUGCCCAUCGAGUCGUCGUCGCCGCCACCGCAGAGAUGGAUCAACCGGCCGCCGCUGAGCUGCAGACGAUGUGGAAAUCUCGAAAACUUUGGACGUCCAUCUUGCUGUUCGUAUUGCUGUUCAUCACACCAGGUUUUGCUUCGCCUAAGAGACCCACUCAAAAUCCGGAACCGGAUCCCUUGCCGACAUUUGGUUCCCAAGGAAGAAGAUUCAGAGUGGUCACAAAUGACACCGUUGUCCUCCCGUGUGACGUUAUCAACCCGGGAGUAUUCAUUUUGGCGUGGAAAAAAGGAAUUGCAGUGCUCACAGCAGGAAGCACUAAGGUGUCUCCAGACGAAAGGAUACGUCUAGUGGACGGCAAUAACCUGGAAAUCCGUGAUAUUCAAACAAACGACGCAGGAAAUUACGUGUGCCAAAUAGCAACUAUGAAACCCAGGGAGAUAUCACAUACUGUCGAGAUAUUGGUUCCAUCACGAAUUAAAUCGGUGACGUCGGGAGGAAAUAUCGACACUAAAAAGGACUCUAUGAUUAAAUUAAACUGCGAAGCUGACGGAAAUCCUGUUCCUAAUAUAACAUGGACAAGAAAGAACAACGUGCUGCCAAAUGGCGAGAGGAAUGCAACUGGCGAUACAUACAUAAUUCAAUCGGCCACUCGUCACGACGCAGGAUUGUACAUAUGUACAGCUUAUAACGACGUCGGACAACCUGCUGAACAAACUAUUACAGUUAACAUUCUAUAUCCUCCGGAGAUUGAAGUUGAACGCGUAUGGGUUCAUUCUGGUGAAGGAAACGAAGCACUGCUAGUUUGCAUUGUCAACGCAGAACCACAUGCCGAGGUGUCUUGGUAUAGAGAUACAUUGAAGUUGGACACGAACGAGCGUCGCAUAACUGAAGUUAGAGGAAGCAGACAUACCCUUAUAGUGAGAAAGGUGCAGGCCAGUGAUUUCGGAAAUUACAGCUGCGUGGCCGACAACGUCGUUGGAAAGAGCAGAGCUUACGUCGAACUUUCAGGAAAACCAAAUCCUGUGAAAAUAAACAGCAACAAAAACGGACGGCACCAGAACAACUAUAACAUAUCUUGGUCGGUGGACAGCUACACUCCCAUCGAAGAGUUCAAACUGUUCUACAGAAAAGUUCCGCUUCCAGACGAGUCACCAGCUGACACGCGAACUCAAUACCAAUGGCCGAAGAAGCCCCCAACUCGAAACGACAACGAGGGAUACGGAAGCAGUCCGAUUUACGGUUACAACAGCAUGCGAAACGAAUGGAACGAUGUGAUCCUUCCCGCCGUCCCCAGCGAACAAUUCACUCACCGCAUGUCAUACAAUAUCCGUGGAUUGGACACCGCUUCUGAAUAUGAGGCCAAAGUCAUGGCCAAAAACCGAUUCGGCUGGACCCCAAUGUCCGAUGUAUUCAAAUUCGUCACCUCCGCCACACCAGAAAUCGAAUCGAAUCCAAAAUAUCAAGCAUCCUAUGGUAUUUCAAUGACAUCAAAUGCUGAAGCUCGCGAUCUUGGCUCAACUUCUUCAUACAAUGGAUUCACCAAACGCAGUUACAACGUCAUCAUAUUCGUCGUCUUCACCACCCUGUACUUUGCAUUUAACACCAUUGUUUAAAUCCCUAAAACCCCACAAUCAUCGAAGCAGUGGCAUAAAUAUAAUAUUGUAAUACAGGGCAAGCAAAAAUUCCAUAAGGGGUAUUGCAUCUUUUUAACUUAAAUUUUUACAUUAUUUGCUUAAAAGUCAUCUCUAUAAAUUUCAACUGUGUAUCUUUUACUUUUAACGACAAAAUAGGGGGGGAGAGAAUGAGUGAAUAUGCCACUGCUUUUACCACUGCGAUUGAAUAGUAAACAAUAGGUAAUUCAUAAUUUAUCAUCCACAGAAAUAAAAACACCUUAUUUAGAACAAUAGUAAACCCUUCUAAUCGAAGUUUAUACAUUUGAUACUCCCGAUGAGUUUGAAUCAACUCCAUAGUGAAGAAUUUAAAAAAAAAACACACACACACACAUUUUAAUUUAUAACUGCAAAAACUAAAGGCGUACCAUAGGUUAGAAUAUUUAACAAUCCAUUCAGUAAGAACAAAAAAAAUGGGCAUUAUUGGAAAAAACAAAUAUUUUAACUUUAAACUAUGAUAAUGUACACAGACACCUGUUUCUAGUCUCUUUAGUAUGAUUUUCUAAUUAGAGUUCAUGAAUGUCAAAGUAAAUGUCAAACAAUUCAGAGGAGUCGAUAAAAUUAUAAACUACGUGUUAAAAGCCACAGUUUCUUUCUGUCAAAGAAAUUUAAUAUAAGAUAGCAUUUUUGAAUCACUAUUGAAUGUCCCGACCUAAUUUUCAAAUUGUUAUUCACAAAACCCUUCAAUAAUAUUGGUUCCCGAUCAUACCUAAACAAUAACUAUGACGUUUUCACCGUAAAAUUAUUUAGUACGCUUUCGUUAUGAAUAUAUGUCCACUUUAGUGUUAGUGUAGCGAUGAUAUGUAUGUAGAGAAACAAACAAAACGUUUUCAUUUUCAUAGGAAAAACCAAUCCAUGUAGUAAUUUUCACGUUAGUGAUUAUGUUAUUUAUAAUGACAACUAAUAACCCUAUGUCUUAAUAUGUAUUUAUUUACCAAUUGUUAAACCGAAGUGACACAAUCUAAAGCCAACUUCCGUUGUAACACGAUUACAAGUUAUUUCUCUAUAAUAAUAUUUAGUUAUCAAUUAUGCAGUUAAACAAUGAAUUAAUGCAUACAUUCCAGCAGAUAUAUUUCUCCAGAAGAAGGUUACUUAAGGAUGUAACUUUGUCAAAUUAAUUGUGUUUUUAUUUGAAAAUAAAAAGUCGAACAAACAUCAGAAAAUCGUGCCAAAUUAUCCACAAACUAAGUUCUUGAAUUAACAUAAUACAAUAUAUUUUAUUGUUGUAUUAAUCAAUAUUUUCUAAUAAAUUUAACGUGAAUGUUCUUAAAUAUAAUAUCCUAAAUACAUAGAUAUAAAAAAAAUAGCAGUUUAAAUGUAUAAAUGUACGUGCGUGACAGCUAUUUUUAUUUCCCCGGCCAUUCAAUAUAGAGUUUAGAUGUUUCACUGUCUUGAUUAACAUAAUAAUAAUUUUCAACUGCUUUUCGGACAUAUUAUAUAAACAUACAAAAAUAUGUUAUUUCUACCGCGUGUUUUCAAUGACACCGUGUUUUUAUUUGAUAUGCGUACCUACCUAAUUAUAUCUAUCGAAUAUGGUUAAGAAGUUAUUAUUUUUUAGUACCUACCUUAAAUAAUUGGAUUAUGAAGUAAAUUUAUUAAAAUUAUUUCCAUGCCCACGAUUAUGGAUGACAUAUUUAGAAUGCCAUCGUAAUAAUAUACUUAAAAUAUAUUUCGCAUCAAAUUAUUUUGAACACAACAACAUUAUUAUUAUAAUAUUACCCAUAACCGUUUUAUGUAUUAAAAUUAAUUUUAAGGAAUCGCACUUCAUGAACAGUAUAUUAAGUACACAUAUUAUUGUUCACGGAUAUACUAUAUACAUAUGAUCAUCAUUAUCACAUAAGUAUUAUUAUAGGAUUAUAUAGCUGACAGUCGUAGUCUAAACUAGAGCUUUAGUUAUUUUGUAAAUAAGUAUAGGAACAUUGAACCUACGUCGUACGACCAUCAACGACAUGAGUUUAUGAAUAUUAUACUGCGUAAAGAACAUGUUUAAUUCGUAGCGAGAAAGUGUAUGAUCUGUAAUCGACUUUUUACUGGUGCCUGCCACAACUACUUAAAUGGAAUGUUGCCACAUUAAUUUAAAUACUUAAUUGCAAAUGAUUGCCGCAAUACCCGGCUUAGCGAAUUUUCAUGAAUAAACUUGAAUAAAAUACGAGCUCGGUGUUUAACUAUGAUCGUCGUAGAAAAUAUACGAACGGGGUGGUGUCCUCAAUCGGCAUUGAUAGAAGAAAUUUAAUUUCUAUAAUAUGUACAAUAUUACUUGCAACUGUAAUUAAAUUAAAUAUUGAAAUUAUUGUGAAAUAAGUGAAAUGGUUUGAUGAAAAUUGAGAAUAUGUAGGUAUUAAUUAAAACAAUUUGGACGGUUCGCGUUUGGGCGAAUUAACGAAAAUUGCAAUGCGUUUGAGUGAAUAGUUUUAAAAUAUUGUAAUGUAUUUGUGCGAUUUUUUUUAACAAUAUUAUGCUAUAAUGUGUUUGGGAAAUACCUAUAUUUUAUCAAUUAAUUUUUCCUCCAAUUUCACCAGACUUGAGACUGUUCACAAAUUCUUCCGGUAUGAUUAAAAACUAGGUUUUUAAAUUGAAAAUCACGAAUCGAGUUUAGCAAACCCUAUCAUUUAAAUUAUUAUAAAAAAUUAUUCGGCCAAUGGUUGAUUUUUCUUUAAAUUAAAAACCGUAUUAUAAAAUGUUUUAAAAUUAUAUUGUCUUGCUUCGACAUUUUAAUAUAAUAUAACGCCUUUUAUUUAGAUACCCAACAACUAUUAUUUCAUAUAUUACAUCUUGUACCAAGUUUAUAAAUAUUAUCGAUUUAUUUAAAUUUAUUGUAAUACAUAAAUUAUUAUUUUAUGGAUAUUUGGGACUCUGGUGUGAUUAGUCCAUAUUUGGAUACUCUACACGUACAACUAAUAACACUAAUGCUAUAACGACUUUACGUUUCAAAUUUUGAAACACAGAUGAUAAUAAUUGUUCGUUCUCUAAUACAUUUUUUUACAACCGUAUAACUUAUUUUGAGAAAGUCUUUAAAAUAUUAUAUUGAUCAAUAUUUCCGUUCAGUCAUGAAACAAAAUUUCUCUUCGCCCUGACAUAUUAUUCUCCUCGCUCAAACACAUUAUUGGAAACUCGACCGAACACAUUGCUUUUCUUAUGCGGGUAAAAAGAUAAUUCGCCUAAACACAUUACGCUCAAAUAAAAAUAUUAUAGCCUACUGCGUAUCAAAGGAAAAUAUUGUUUUUAAUGAUACUAACAUUUAUCAUAAUUUGGAUUCAUUGAUAAGUAUCCGUUAUAAAACGAGAUUUGUGAGAUGUUUGGAGGGGGUUUUGUAUCACCUUAUACUAGAGUAUGUUAAAUGAUAUUUAAGUUGUUACGAUUAUAUAAGUCAUUAAUAUUAUAAUAUGUUACAAUAGAUUCGUAAAUUAAACUUAAUCAAUUUUGAAAUAUAAUUAGUGUGUUGAUGUUUUAAAUGUUAAAUUAUAUAACUAUUAUGAGUAUAUUAUACACAUUAUUAUUAUGGAUGUUAUUCUUAUAAUUAAACUAAACAUUAAAUUAUAAUAUUAUGUUAAAGUAGAAUAUUAUACUUCAUAAUACUUAUAAAUGUCGAAACACACAUAGCUAGGUACCUAUUCCAAAAUAAUAUUCGCAGUUUUAUGUUUAACGAUGAAUUGCGAUUCAAAAAACUUACGUUAAAAUCAACAAAAUAAUAAUACAACUCUCAAUUAUAUUUUCUGUGUUUAACUGGCAGAAUACAAUUUACACCUUUUUUUUUUAAUUUACAAAUAAAUCUAAAACAUGAUAAAGAAACACAAUAAAGAAACUUGCGUAAUAAUUUAUUUAUAUUAUAUCCAAAUAUCUGUACAAUUUAAGUAAAUAUGGACAUAAUAUUUUAUUAAACUGUCUAUGUCCAUAGUAAUAGAAGCAUAUUAUAUUAUAUUCUACUAUAAGAUAAAAAAAUAUAUUAUGUCUAAAAAUUAGAUUUAAGGACCUAUUAAUUGUUUUUUUAUUCAACUAUCUACCCCCCUCCUAUAUAUUUCUCGUUAAAUAAUAAAUUCUUCAUGAGUCGUUUGUAGUUUUUUAAUUUUAAUUUUAUAUAAUAUACUUAAUUUAAUAUUAUGAAAACGAUUUCGAUUGUUAUAUAUUAUGUGUAUUUUACUUUUUAUUAUUUAAACUUAUGGACCUUUUGAAUAAUAUCAUAAUAAUAAAUUAUAAGUAGAUAUAAUUAUUAUUAUUAUUAUUUUUUUUUUUAUCUAUGUGUAUCUAAAGACUUUUUGUUGUUAAUGUAAUAACUAUUACUGCUACUUCUUUUAUUAUUAUUAUAUGUAUUUUUUUUUUAUUAUUAUUAUUAUUAUUAAUUUUAAAUUAUACUUAGUGGAUAGUAAAAAUAAAAUAGAAGUAGGUACAGUGUAAAUAAUAGUUACCUACCUACUAAGUAGUAAAACAUUAAUAUUUAAGGCUAUUAUAGGAUAGCCCUUAACCUAUAAUAUUAUUAUGAUAUAAUUGAUAAAUAUUAUUGAAUAAAUCUAUCAGAGUGAA